GCGCGGAGUAGUACUUCCGGGAUCCUGUAGCUGAGGACUGUAGCCGCUUCGGGCGGGGGGCUCCUGCCACCGGGACCAUGCUGCUGCGAACCGCUUGGAGGCGGGUGGCCACGACCGCCCCCGCGGCUCCGGGGCCGAGGGCCAAGCCACCCACUCGGGGGCUGCGCCUGCGCGGUAUAGACCUUACUCCCCAGUCUGCUGUUGCCUCUGAUGCAGCCACUGCUCUGGAGGCGGAGUCAGUGCUGCGACCUCUGUACAUGGAUGUGCAAGCUACAACUCCUCUGGACCCUCGGGUGCUUGAUGCCAUGCUCCCUUACCUAGUCAACUACUAUGGAAACCCACACUCCCGGACACAUGCUUAUGGCUGGGAGAGUGAGGCUGCCAUGGAAUGUGCUCGCCAGCAAGUAGCAUCUCUGAUUGGGGCUGAUCCUCGUGAGAUCAUUUUCACUAGCGGUGCUACUGAAUCCAACAACAUAGCAAUUAAGGGAGUGGCCAGGUUCUAUAGGUCCCGGAAAAAGCACUUGAUCACCACGCAGACAGAACACAAAUGUGUCUUGGACUCCUGCCGUUCACUGGAAGCUGAGGGCUUUAAAGUCACCUACCUCCCAGUGAAGAAGAGUGGGAUCAUUGACCUGAAGGAACUAGAGGCUGCCAUCCAGCCAGAUACCAGCCUGGUCUCAGUCAUGACUGUGAACAAUGAAAUUGGAGUCAAGCAGCCCAUUAAGGAAAUAGGGCAGAUUUGCAGUUCCAGAAAGGUGUAUUUCCAUACCGAUGCAGCCCAGGCUGUUGGAAAAAUCCCACUUGACGUCAAUGACAUGAAAAUUGAUCUCAUGAGCAUCAGUGGCCACAAAAUCUAUGGUCCCAAAGGGGUUGGUGCCAUCUACAUUCGCCGGCGGCCCCGUGUGCGUGUGGAGGCCCUGCAGAGUGGAGGGGGGCAGGAGCGGGGUAUGCGGUCUGGGACAGUACCCACACCCUUGGUGGUGGGGCUGGGGGCUGCGUGUGAGGUGGCACAGCAAGAGAUGGAGUAUGACCACAAGCGAAUCUCAAAGUUAGCUGAGCGACUGAUACAGAAGAUAAUGAAGAGCCUUCCAGAUGUGGUGAUGAAUGGGGAUCCUGAGCACCAUUACCCAGGCUGUAUCAACCUCUCCUUUGCGUAUGUGGAAGGGGAGAGUCUGUUGAUGGCACUUAAGGAUGUUGCCUUAUCCUCAGGGAGUGCCUGCACCUCUGCAUCCCUGGAGCCCUCUUACGUCCUUCGAGCAAUUGGCACUGAUGAGGAUUUAGCUCACUCUUCUAUCAGGUUUGGCAUUGGCCGUUUUACUACAGAGGAGGAAGUGGACUACACAGUGGAGAAGUGCAUUCACCAUGUGAAGCGUCUUCGAGAAAUGAGCCCUCUCUGGGAGAUGGUGCAGGAUGGCAUUGACCUCAAGAGCAUCAAGUGGACCCAACACUAGAAGAAUGGGCCUCUAAGUUUGUGCUGGCCUGGCUCCUCCUGCUUCAUCAACUCAUGCACAGCCAGGCAUUUCGUUACCCCCAGUGGCUGCUCCAUGUUCAAACCAGAACUGGUGUAGCCACCUGACUUCAGCAUCGGCCUGCCUCUAAGACAGCAUCAUGAGAAAAUGGUCUUUCUCCGGCCUCAGCUCCUUUGGUGGGGAACAUUCCCCAUUUCUUUCCAGGAAUCCUUCUCUGGUCUUAUAGUGAGUGGAUGUUCUCAUCCUGAACCAGGAGGGACAUUUGCUAUGAGUUGCUGCUGGACACAUCUGUAUCCUUGGUGGAGAGAGCCAGAGGAACUGCAAAAAUGCUCUUUGUUCAGGGACCCUGAUGCCCUAGGUGGACAUUUGAGUUGUGGCUUACUGCUGCUGAAAGAGACUGACUUCUUCAGAUAGAAGCAUAAACAUCUAUGGCUUCAUCUUUUUUGUGGCUCCAAAGGCUACCUCUUCAUGUCGUCUAUAGACUGAACUGCAAGUUUCUUAGAAGGCUUGUCUCCUCUGUGUUCUUAUCCUUCUUUUCUUUUGACCUAAUGGAGCUAGAAAUAUCUAUAUGAAUGACUCUACCUAGUCUUGUAGUAAUUUAUGUUUCUUUUUUUAAAACAAAUGUUAAUUUGCAGAUUAGAGGAAUAAAAUCAUAUUCCUGUAUUUAUUCUAUGACAUUAUGAGAGGCUCAAGGAGAAUUCCUGGAGAAGGAAAUGGCAACCCACUCCAGGGUUCUUGCCUGGAGAAUCCCAGAGUCGGGGGAGCCUUGUGGGCUGCUGUCUCUGGGGUCUCAGAGAGUUGGACACGACUGAAGCGACUGAGCAGCAGCAGCAAGAAUUCCAAGCCUGGGAAUCGUGGGGUGGACUACUUCUUGAUGUCGACAGAUGAAUCUGCUUGCUUAUUUCUUUAGUCAGCAAUUAUUUGGGUGCCUGUCAGGUACCUGACAUUAUUCUGGGUAUUUGGGAUACACUAGUUAACAAUACCAAAAAGUACUCUCAGUGAACUUUCAUUCUAGUAGACAGAAAGAAAAUAAUUAAAUAAGGCUAUUAUUAUAGACUGUGAUGAGUGCUGUGGCAGAAAUUGAGUGGUAGAGAAAGUAACAGGGAAAGAACCUACCAUGCUGGGUAUACUAGGAAAGCUUUUUUGAGGAGGUGUUAAUUAAGCACAAACAUGAUUUCUAGCCAUCAAAAGAACUAGGGAUUGGUGAGGAAUAAGAAGGAACAGUAAGAGCAAAGGGCCUGAGGCAUGAAAAAGCAUGGUGUUUGAGAAACAGAGGUCAAAAGAGCCAGAGUAGAGUUUUGCGAUUUGUGAGUCUGAAACCAUAAGUGGGAGGUUUCUAGCAUUAAAAGGGGUGAGAAAGAAAUUUUAUUAGAGUACAUCACAUGUAAAUAUUUAAAAAUUUUACUGAAGUAUAGUUGAUUUAAAAUGUUACGUUAAUUUUUGCUGAAGAGCAAAGUAACUCAGUUAUAUGUAUUUUCAUAUUUUCCAUUAUGGUUUAUCACAGGACACUGAGUAUAGUUCCCUGUGAAAUUCAGUAGGACCUUGUUGUUUAUCCAUCCUGUAUAUAUACUAGUUUGUAUCUGCUAAUCCAAAACACCUGAUCUUUUCCUUCCCUACUUGCCUCCCCCUUGGCACCUGCAAUUCUGUUCUCUGUAUCUUCCUCUACUGUACAACAGGUGGUCAAGAUGACAUAUAUGUCCUGCCAGUUCAGACUGAAAGCCACUGUGAGGCCUCUGAAUUCUCAAAUAAAAUUGGUGGGUUCCUGACUAAAA